CUGCCUCUACCCAUCUCCUCCAAGCCUUGAGGAUCCCUCUGAAACUGCUCCGAAUCCAGAAGAAUUGCUAGAAUCUGAUCCCGCGCUAGAUCUGUUUGCCUUCAGAGAAAAUGGGUAGGCUUUGUUUUUCAUGUGGAGCGGUCCUGGGGGUCUUGGCGGUGGCUUUGCUGGUGGCGCCGGGGGAGGCUCUCAACUGCACUUCUCAGAAGUUUACGAACAAAGAGGUGUACCCCAACUGCACAGAUCUCCCUCAUCUGACCGCCAACCUGCACUGGAGCUUCAACGUCUCCAAUUCGUCGCUGUCGGUGGCAUUCGUGGCGCCGCCGGCGAAGCCGGGGGGCUGGGUGGCGUGGGCUAUCAACCCCACUAAAACCGGCAUGGCUGGGGCCCAGGCCUUGGUGGCCUUCAAAUCCAACGGCACCGUAACGAUCCAGACCUUCGACAUCAAAUCCUACAAUUUCAGCCAAUCCGGGUUGAAGCUGUCUUACGAGGUGUGGGACCUGAGCGCCGAGGAAUCCGGCGGGACCAUCAAGAUCUUCGGCAAAUGGAAGCUGCCGGCGAAGACGGAGAAGGUGAACCAGGUCUGGCAGGUGGGUCCGGGAUUGUCCCCGUUAGGCUACCCUAUGGUACACGCAUUUGAGGCCGAGAAUCUCGCCGCAAAAGCGGUCCUGCAGUUGGUCGGCCAAGCGGCGGCCAUCAGCCCUGCCUCCGAACCUAAUGCGUCGGCUCCCGGACCUAAUGGGUCGGCUCCCGGAUCCAAUGGGUCCGCUCCUGCAUCUGGGGCUCCAAGAGGUAGAGGGGAACUCGGUGUGGGUAUCUCCAUGGCUGUAUUUAUGAUUCUUGGGAGUUUGAUUGCUUAGUUUUUGAGAUUCCUGCUAUGUGAUAAAAUCAUUUGUAUUGGAUGAGACGUUUUUAAUUUGAAUAAUAAUUUUAUUUUCUUACCUGUACUCA